AUGGAGAGAGGUGAUUAUGAUCAAAAAUUGACCAGCAACAUUUUGUGUGAAACUACCUCAGUUGAACAGUUGGAGGAUAUAUUGCAUGGAGGUCAGCUGUCCUGUAACAAUUUUGAUGAAGUGUGGCCUAACUUGUUUCUGGGGGACAUGUACAUGUCUCAUGGCAGGUAUGGCCUAUGGAAACUGGGUAUCACCGUGUUAAAUGCUGCACAUGGUAAAAUGUGUUGCAAAGGAAGUGAUGAAUUUUAUGGGAAACUGUUCUACGCUUCAGAACACUACAUUCAUGAAGCGCUCUGUACAACGGAGUAUCUCUUUUCGUCAGGUAAAGUGUUUGUGCUUUGUGCUGUGGGAGUGAGCCAUUCAUUUGCUCUGGUCUUAGCUUAUUUAAUUAUAUAUUGCAAUUACUCUUUGGUGGAUGCCAUUCUAAAAGUGAAAGAGAGAAGAUGGAUUUUUCCAAACUGAGGAUUUCUGAAGCAGUUGAUUACACUCAACAGUGAACUACAAGUCAAAGGCUAA